AUGUACGUGAGCUACCUGCAGCUGGACAAGGACCCCCCCAUGUACCACCAGAACCCCGUCAGCAGACACCCGGGCCUCGGCCUCAGCUCGCAGAACUUCCCAGUGCCCGGUCCGGCCCAGUACUCGGACUUCUCGGGCUAUCACCACCACCACCACCAUCACCACCCCCACACCCACGGCCUCGGCGCGGAACCCCACCCGGUCCAGCAGAGCGGGCCGGGCGGCGGAGCCGGGGGCGGCUGGAGCCCGGCUUACCCGCCUCCUCACCCGGCUCAGCCCGCCCGGGACGACUCGUGGGCCGCGCAUCACUACGCGGCCGCCGCCGCCGUCAUCGCCGGGCCCUCGGGCAGCGCCGUGGCCGGCGCCGGGGGCCCCAACCUCGGCUUCAGUCCUCCGGAGUUCCCCGGCCAGGCGCCGCCGUCGCUUCUGGCCGCCUCCCUCAACGCGCCCGCCGCCGGGCCAGUAUCGACCGGCUCCCCGCAGAGGAGGAGCGCCUACGAGUGGAUUCGACGCGCGACCACGCCGCUCGCCAACCCCAACGGCAAGACCCGCACGAAGGACAAGUACCGGGUGGUCUACACGGACCACCAGCGCCUGGAGCUGGAGAAGGAGUUUCACUACAGCAAGUAUAUCACCAUCCGCAGGAAGGCGGAGCUCGCCGGCGCCCUCAGCCUAUCAGAGCGACAGGUGAAGAUCUGGUUCCAGAACCGACGCGCCAAAGAACGCAAGAUCAGCAAGAAGAAGCAGCAGCAGCAGCAGCCUGCUUCGUCCUCCUCCGGCAGCGUCGCCAUGGUGACCAGCAGCAGCAGUGGCCUGGUGUCGCCGUCCGGCCUGGUGUCGCCAUCGUCGCUGUCCGUCAGCAUCAAAGAAGAGUUUUAA